AACCCAUGGUUACUGAGCUCAAAUCAGUUCAGGGGCAGACAGCCUCCCCUCUUCACAGCUCUAUAAAAGAGACCCAGCAAAGGGCCCCUACCAGCUUUCAGCUCUCAGCAGCGGAAGAGGCCGCGCCAGCAUGCCUCUUAGCCUGAAACUUCAGUGCCACUUCAUUCUGAUUCUCCUGAUGGCUCUAAGAGGGGAGAACCGGUACCUAGAGCUGCGGGAAGCAGUGAACCACGACCCCUUCCUGCUUUUCGGCGCCAGCCUGAAGCGCGAGCUGCCCGGGGAGCAGCUGUACAGCCGAGAUUUGCGCUGCCUGGAUAUGCUGAGCCUGCAGGGCCAGUUCACUUUCACCGCCGACCGGCCGCAGCUGCACUGCGCCGUCUUCUUCAUCGCCGAGCCCGAAGAGUUCAUCACCAUCGACUACGACCAGGUCUCCAUCGACUGCCAGGGCGGAGACUUCCUGAAGGUAUUUGAUGGUUGGAUUCUCAAGGGGGAGAAGUUCCCCAGUUCCCAGGAUCAUCCUCUCCCCACCACUGAACGGUACAUAGAUUUCUGCGAGACUGGUUUUAGCAGAGGAAGCAUCAGAUCUUCACAGAAUGUGGCCAUGAUCUUCUUCCGGGUCCACGAGCCAGGAAAUGGAUUCACAUUAACCAUAAGAACAGACCCCAACCUCUUUCCCUGCAAUGUCAUUUCCCAGACCCCAAAUGGAAGAUUUACCCUGGUCAUUCCACAUCAGCAUCGAAACUGCAGCUUCUCCAUCAUUUAUCCAGUGGCGAUCAAAAUAUCUGACCUCACCCUGGGACACUUGAAAGGCCUACAGUUCAAGAAACCCUCCGCAGGCUGCGGGGGAAUAGGAGACUUUGUGGAGCUGCUGGGAGGCACUGGGCUGGACCCGUCCAAGAUGAUGCCAUUGGCUGAUCUCUGCUAUCCCUUCCAUGGUCCUGCCCAGAUGAAAAUCGGCUGUGACAACACGGUGGUGCGCCUGGUCUCCAGUGGAAAACACAUAAAUCGUGUGACUUUUGAGUAUCGCCAGCUGGAGCCAUAUGAACUGGACAGCCCAAAUGGAAACAGUAUCCGUGAAUUCUGUUUGCCUAGUCUUUGAGUAAUCAGUUAUUGGUAUGCUGCUAUUGAAGUGAAUUUUAGCUGCUGUUGUAUAUGAUUUUGAUGACCAGCUAGUUAGAAGCCAGUGUUCUAGUACAAGUCAGUAUUCCCAAACAUGAGCACACAUCACACAUGCACGUGUGCCUUUGGUUUUGCACUCCUCUCCUUUUUCAUUUGCAAGUGAUAAAUGACCAUUUGGCAGAAAAUAAAACCCUCCUUAGGAAAACGGUUUCUUGUAAUGCCUUGGUAGCCUGCAAACCUGAAUUGAUAAGAUAGGUACAAAGUGAUGUGUAAUAAAAAGUUGUGUCUCGAGGGAAAAUACAACAAAGAAAUAUAAAUAGUGGUGUUCUUAAUCAGUUUUAGACCAGAACAUAAUCCACUGUCUUGUGUAUACCAAAAUAGUUAUGCCUUUUUCUUUUUGUUUGUUGUUCUGUUACAAUAGAUAAUUGUAGCUAUUACGGGCAAUGACUUGUUUUUAGCAAAACUUUGAGCAUGGAAAAUUUUUCCAUCAAUUCAGAUAUACAAAUAAAUAUAUUCAGAAUGUUGGCACCGUGA